AUGAUCAGAUCUAAAUUAAUGAGCUGGAGGGAGUACUUGACUCCUGUGAGUCACAACUCAACCUUUCAGACGACCGGCCAAUUAACUCCGGAGGAGUUUGUGGAAGCAGGGGAGUACUUGUGCCAUAUGUUUCCAACGUGGGAAUGGAACCUAGAGAGUAGCGCUGUGAGUGGCAGGGACUUCUUACCUGCUAACAGACAAUAUUUGGUAACGCGAAAAGUGCCCUCUGCCAGACGAGCCGAACAGUUGACGGUGGUGGCGCCAUCCGGCAACCUGCCACAAGGAGAUGCCGAUGACACCAAUGCAGAUUCUGGAGAUGGCUGGGUUGUAGAGGGCCAAGUUCCCGAAACCAAGCUUUCGCAGCCUGCGGACCAUGCAGACAUUGAUGAAAUGCUACAAGGCAUGGAACUGGAGUCAGAAGACCAAGUCGACGAGGACAUGGUGCUUGCCGCCGUUCCGAGUGAUACACGACACUACGAUUUGUACAUCACAUAUUCGACCACAUAUCGCGUUCCCAAGCUCUACCUCGUGGGCUUCAACAAUGAAGGUCAGCCGCUAACGCCGCAGCAGAUGUUUCAAGAUAUCGCGCCUGACUACCGGGCCAAGACAGCGACCAUAGAACGGCUCCCUUUUUUGCGCGCACACGUCACCUCUGUUUCGAUACACCCAUGCAAGCAUGCCAAUGUUAUGCGCGUACUAAUGGAGCGUAUUCGAGAGGUAAAAAAUAGGCGUCAGGCCAGUGAAGCCAACAAAUAUAACGCCGAAGAUGAAUGGGAAGAUAUACAGGGCGAGGUUGAGAGCGGACUGAGGGUCGACCAGUAUCUCAUUUUUUUCCUCAAGUUCAUUACUAGCGUAACCCCAGGAAUUGAACAUGACUAUACCAUGGAAGGCUGGUAA